GUCAGGGUGGGUGGGCUGCCAUCGGAUUAAAUUCUGGAGAUGUGGUCAAGCCAAUUGCUGUGGUGGGUCGAGGGUUGCAGCAAGUUUGGCCGAAGCGUUGGGGGGCAGUCAACGGCGAUUUCGGCCAUCUUCGACCACUGAAGCAGUCCCAGAUGGUUCCCCCUUUCAACCACCAUCUUGACUUAUCCUCUGCCUUCCGUUCAUACCCUGAUCGGUGAUGGAUACGAAGAACCCUGGCCCGACUGGUGGCCUUCAUCGUCCCGACUUGAUCAAGAUACCGCGACUCUACCAAACCGAGCUGCUGGAGGAAGCCAAGAAGCGGAACAUCAUCAUCCGCGCCGACACCGGUACCGGGAAGACUAUCGUGGCAGUCAACUUGAUCGCAUGGACUGCCGUCAAGACCAAGGCAAACAACAAAAACCAUCAGAUCCAGGCCUUCCUUGUCCCGACCCGUCCGCUGGCCCACCAACAGGCCGAAUACAUCCAGAAGCACUGUACUCUUCGCAUCAAAGCCUACACCGGCGACCUGCAGCCAGAGCUGUGGAAUAUCAGGAAAUGGCAUUCAGAACUGAACGAAGUCGAUGUCCUAGUCUCUACUGCCCAGAUAUUUUAUGAUUUGAUCUCGAAAGGAUACUGGAAAUUAGAAGACGUAUCCUUGUUAAUUUUUGAUGAAGCACACCAUUGUCGUAAAAAUCAUGUCUACAAUCAAAUCAUGCGAAGUCAUUAUCAUCGUUUGGCCAAAGAUUCCACGGUGCGUCUACCGAAGAUUCUAGGACUGACAGCAUCGCCCAUCUGGAAUUUCAAGGACUUGGAAAAAGCAGAAAGCGAUAUCAAGAAUCUCCAGUCCGCCCUUGCCGCUCAAAUAUACGAAGUCAAGAAGCACACCGAAGAUGUUUGUCGGCAUAACUUCAAACCAAACGAACAGGUCGUAUACUUCGAACCUGCCCCAGAUUUCCAACAACUUUCUCAUCCUCCAUGGGACCAGAUUAACAAGCUCCUCAGCCUACAUGCCAGUCCUAAAAUGAUUGCCGCCAUCCAAUCAGUUUCUCUGGACUUAGGAACGUAUGCGUACUCGUUGGCUGUCCUUGACUGGCUGAAAUCCCUGUUGACUAUCGGUGGCUCCAAUCAAUUGAUGUCCGGACGGCUAGUGGAUCCCAAUUACCAAGAACGAAUCCAAAGUUUGAUUAAGGAAGUCGAGAAGCUUGUGGACAUUGACGAUAUACCCGAAAACCAACUUUCCUCCAAGGUUAUUGCAUUGUACAAGAUUCUAGUCAAUUACAAAGAGAAAGACGACCACAACAACUUUCUCUGCAUCGUGUUUGUCGAACGCAGGCAACAUGCACAACUUUUACCCAUUCUGUUAGAGCGCAACGUCCAGCUGAAAGACUUUCUUCGUCCCGCAGCCCUGACUGGCCAUGGUUCAGGCAAUGAGAACGACUUGAUUGGGAUCAAGAUGGACUCGAAAACACAAAACAGGACUGUUGCAAAGUUCAGGACAGGCGAACACAAUUUGACAAUCGCAACUAGUGUGGCUGAGGAGGGACUGGAUUUUCGCUCAUGCAGGGUCGUUAUUCGAUUUGAUCUGAUAACCACUUGGAAAGGCUACAUUCAAUCCCGUGGACGGGCCCGAGCGCGCGAAUCUGACUACAUCGUCAUGCUUCCUACUGGUACAGCGAACAAAUAUUUAGCAUUCAGUGGGAAAGAAGAGCAGCUCAAAGCCGCGCUCUACGAUCGUCCGCAGGAUGAGCUCAUCGAAGAUGGUGAAGAAGAAUCGACUCCUCAACUGAUUUGCCAACUUGCCGAUGGGAAGGAAUCGAUCUUGACAUACAGUGCGGCUACUAGCCUUUUGAAUGACGUCUGCCAGCUGAUUCCACCCGAUGAAUUCCUUCCAGUCGUUGCGCCGGAAUAUGAGAUGAUGGAAUUAGGAGAACGGUUCAAAUGUCGAGUGACGUUGCCCCCGAUGGCUGCUCUCCCGCCUUCUCGGCGUACGUUCACUGGUCUCGAAAUGGGGACCAAGAACGGCGCCAAACGCUCGGCCGCCUUUGAAGCCUGCAAAGUCUUGCGAGAGCUUGGCGUCCUAAAUGAACAUUUCCUUCCUCAGCGAGAAGAUAAGGUUGCUCAGGUCCGUGAUGCGGAUGGUAGAGAAAUUGAAACCACCCAACUCGCAGAUAAGGUCGAAGCGAUUAUCUCUAACGUCUACGGCGAUUUCCGGACCUCCUCCGAAGUCUGGCUCCACAAACUCUCUUUCCCGGAUGAUACUCCAGCCGGAUUCUCAACGAUGGGACUUCUAUGUGCUCGUCACCUCACUAUUCCAGAUGACUUGCAGCUAUUCGAUCACGACCCAGUCAGCAGACCACUAUCCGUCAAAAUUAAACACAGCAAAAAAGUUGAAUGGGAGAAGGAUGCUGCGCCCUUCAAUUUGCAGAGGUUAGAGAGAUUUACUCUACUGGUGAUGCAAGUUGCCGUCAAUCGAAAGCCCUACGAAGGAAAGCUGUAUUUCCUUGUCGCUCCUCUCCUCAAUGAUGCCAUUGAAAUCGACUGGAAUCUUGUGGACACUCCGAUGAUCCCGCUUUCAGAAGCUGCCGACAGUUCACGUUACCAAUGUACAAUCGUGCCGUCCCGACGCCCCCGUUUCAGAAUAUUCGAUACAUGUGAAUCGGCUGGUGAUCUAUGUGCCGCCUCACCGCCUUCGCGUGUACCUGCUUGUCCGAGCAUGCAGCACUUUUGUAAGAAGAUCGCGAAAUUCCACAAUCUGGGUCACUUUUAUAAGACUUGUUACGACUUGGAAGACGAGCAUUUGAAGGGAGGCUUUGUCUAUCUUCAAACUACCUUUCAGGUCUAUAAUAAUCUUUUGCAGUCCGAAUCAACUCUGGCCCAUCCUUAUCGAACCCUAUUACCGUUGAAGCUCUGUCAAGGAACACACAUCCCACGAACGAUUUGGAAAGUAUUCAGUUACUUACCAUCGCUGACUCGUCUUUUGCACGAUUCGAUCCAGGCGACUGCUCUCUUCAUGCGAUUGGAUUUUCCAAUGACUUUGCUACCACGUGGAAUCCAAGCACUCACUCCACCUGGUGUUGGUGUUCCUUGGGACUACCAAACCCUUGAGACCGUGGGUGAUGCGUUCCUCAAGCUAGCCACCUCGGUCCACGUCUAUCUGAGUCACCUUCGAAAGGGCGAAGGCGAUAUGAGUCACGUGCGAUCCAAAUCGGUUGAUAACGACUACCUCCGGCGGAAAGCGAUCCAGGCGAAUCUACCCAGCUCAAUCCUCGGCCAACGCUUUCGCACAGACAGAUUCAGAGACGCCCAAACAGAAGACGGCAAAGAGCUCCCCAACGGGAAUUUCUCGAGAAAUGUGCCGAGGCGGGUUUUGUCCGACGUUGUUGAGGCCCUGUUGGGCGCUGGUUUUCUCACUGGCGGUAUCGAACUCGGCUUGAAAAUCGGAACGGCCCUGGAUCUUUGCUUUGGAGGUACCACACCCUGGAACGAAAGAACGUUAAAUAUCGCUUUUGAGGGCACCGCUCAUGACAAACUCGCAUCACCAAUCCUCCUUAAAUGCCAAGCGCUCGAAGAGAAGAUUGGCUACGUUUUCAAAGAGAAAUUAUUGUUAGUUCAAGCUCUAACUCACCGUAGCGCCAACUCAUUCAUGACGAACUGUUACGAGAGGGAGGAGUGGCUGGGAGAUGCGGUGGUCGACAUGUGGAUCGUCCAGCAUGCCUACAAACGCUUCGACAAUGCGACUGCGGAAGAACUGACUCUUGCGCGAGCCAAGUUGGUUUCUAAUGGUAGUCUGGGCUUCUUGGCAAUCAAAAAACUAGGUCUGCAUAAAAUGAUCAUGCACAAAUCUGAGAGCUUCGAACAAGCCUGUGUGGAGGCCAUCAAAGCCAUCGAACCUUUUACCUCGAUCGAGGAAUUCUUUUCAAACCUAGAGAAUCUCUUCGUGGUCUUUGAUCCGCCGAAGAUAUUAAACGACGUCUUGGAAGCCAUCGUCGGUGCGGUGUUCAUUGAUAGCCGCUUCGACCUUCCGACUGUCUAUCGAACCAUCGACAAAAUCUUCGAGGAUGUCACCCCAGGCUUGUCGCGGAUCGUUGCUCGCGACCCCUUGUCCACAAUGUUGAGACUCCGUGACCAAUACCAAUGCGCAGAGUUGCGUCGAGUAUCAACGACAAUCAAGGAGCCCAAUCCAGAAGGAGAGGACAAGGACCCAAUCUCGGUGAAGGUCUGUCGGAUCGAGCUACACGGCCAAGAGAUUGCGAGUGGCCGACAUGCGAGUUCCGCAAGUGUGGCCGAACAGAGGGCCUCACUUGCAGCCCUGAAAGUUCUUCAGGACCCAUCUGGCGACAGUCGCGCACCAAAAUCUGCGUGGUCGAGAUGUCAAUGCAAGGCGCGGGCCGUGUCCACAACAGCGGUGGCCUCCUCAACCCCAGCUGCUGAAAGCAAGGAGGAAAUCCAGAAAGAGGAAGGCCGCCAUGCUUCUCAGGAUCUCCCCAGACAAAUGAGCCACCUCCAUAUGUGAAACUAAAACAACUGUUGGAUGGCCCAGAGCCGAUGCAGAAUAGCAUGGACAUGUUGAAACCCCUUCUUGGUUAUUUAUUCUCAUUUGUUAAUCUCCUUGGAAACAGGCAACAUCAACUAGACUGAUGACGAGAGUUUUUUUCCCUGUGAAAAGUGUUACUGAUAUCUGUAACAUUUAACAGGCUACUGAUAGUUUUUUAAAAUACAAUUUUCAUCAAAAUAAUUCCACCAGAAAGGUUCUUGUGCACCCACCAGAAGAGUUGCAAAUCAAUCAAGCAAAUUAUAAGCAUGUCCAGCACGGUGGUAUAGCUAGAAGAAAAGAGAAUUUGCGUUGACAUUUCUACCAGUGCCCAAAAGAGGGCCCUUUCAUUCAUUUUUCCUUCACAUCCCAAUUUAAUGUUGCUGUGAGCUGUUAGGCCCUUGAAUGAGC